GAGAGGAGGGGGGAGAAACGGGAGGCGUAGGAGGAGACUUGACUAAACAGCUGUCCGGCAGACGUCCCAGUCGACAGAAGUGCAGCCCCGAGGCAGAGAUAGGAGGCAGGGCAGUAUCAACAAGCCACAGGAGCCAAACAGCAGCCACUGAACGCACACAUAUCAACCUGAGGCUGCAGUGUUCAGGAGCACACCAGCAAUACCUGGGAAGGAUCAAGAUCUCACCCAUCGGAAUAUCUGAGGAAAGUGGCCAUUUGACCUUUCUACAGUGGCGGACAUCACCAGACCUGAUCGAUGCUGCAAUUGCUGUGAAGUAUUUUUGGACUCCUGCCUCGCCGGUGUGUUACUGAGAAUGUAACAGGAGCUUCUCUCAGGGGGAACUGUAACGUCCAGAACUUGUAGAGCAUUUCUGACUUUUCUAUCCUACAUAUCUGAGAUCUCUUCCGCAGUUACAGCCAUGCCAGCGAAAGCACCCAUAUACCUGAAAUCUACCAAAACUAAGAAGGGAAAGAAAUGUCGUCUCAGAGAUAUUUUGUCCCCAGACAUGAUCAGUCCACCACUUGGAGACUUUCGCCACACCAUCCACAUUGGCAAGGGCGGGGAGAGAGAUGCCUUUGGAGACAUGUCUUUUCUCCAGGGGAAGUAUGAACUCCUAGCUGGGAAGGGAGACGUCCACCCUCAGUAUGGCGUCCAAAGUGAGUUUCUGAGAGCUCACAGCACCGGUGAUGCUUCCUUUGCCGAGACCCCCUCUCCGGUGCUCAAGAACGCCAUCUCCCUCCCAACUAUUGGUGGCUGCCAGGCGCUUACCCUUCCCCUGAUCUCCUCCACUGUGUUCUCCAUGCCCCCGGAGCCAUUGGACGACAUCAUGGGGUCUACAGCUCACAUGAAACCUGACAGCACAGAGGAAGUAGAGAUCCUGCAGAUGGAUGCUAUGUUGCACUCCCUGGAUGUCUUCAGCAGCGAGCCUUCGUCUCCCUGCGCAGAUAUCCAGUCGAAGCCUGACGUCCUCCUGGAUCUGCUGAAAAACACAGAUAAGUCCACCUCUAAGGCGGUUGCCAAAGCUAACAAAAUAAACAGGAGCAAACCCAGGUUUGACAAGCCAUCAUCCAUUUAUAUCAAUGGUCACAGCAACAGCACCUUCAAAGCUAACGGAAGCCUGAACAGUAAUAUGAGCAGCGACAGCUUUGACAGCUUUAGAGGUAAAGGGGACUUCCAGAACAAGAUCUGCAAUGGCAGCCGGAGCCUCAAUGGCAAUGGCAACUGCAAUGGUUAUGGACACUUUAACAAUGACAUUACCCUGGGCUUCAAGCAUGAGCUCUCAAAGUGCAAUGGAGAGUGGGUGGACAGAGACAGUGGGGUGGAGGAGGGUCGCAUCUGUGAUUUUGAGUUUGCGUUUUCCAAGCAGAAGAGCACGUCGCAGGAUUCCCUCGCCCAGAUCACGGGGUCAUUCCUCUCUCUUGAACUCGAUCUGGGGCCGUCCAUCCUUGACGACGUGCUCAACAUAAUGGAUAAACCCGCAGCGAAGAGCAGGCCUUGAGCUACGCUGAGGCCCUAGGAGGAGAAAGGGAAUAAUUAAACUAUAGCCAUGAGAAGAGAAUGAGUCAAAAAGCAAUCAAAAUGGUGUCUGGAUAUAUCAUUGAGAUGAAAAUGAGCUACAAUAGACAGAACUGCUUAUGUUUUUAUUGUCAAAACAUAUAACUAUUCUAGCUUCUAUGGAAUGUUGAUUCUUCUUCUUUUUUUGUUUGCCAUGCUAGCCGCAUGUUUAAGAUGCAUGUGCUGUUGAGUUACAGCUAAAAUACAGCCAUUGUGCCUUUGAUUUUGCAUUACUGUAAAAAUGCUACAUGAUAGAUUUGUGUUCAUAUGUUGACUCCCACCAUAUAAUUACACAAUAAUUUUGAGGUCUUUUCCUUUUUUUACACUUGAACAUAUGUAUUUUGUGACUUUAAGUGUGUUUAACAAAGCAUUAUUUUGUCUGUCACAUAAUUCAUUUGCCAUAUUUCAAACAACUGAACACUAUGCAUAUUUGUGUUUUUAAAAUUGUAACACAAAUAAAUUA